AUGAGACUCCAACUGCUCCUUUGUAUCGUGUUUGAUCUGCUGGCGAGCCUCCUCCCCGCCGGCGGGCAGAGGCCAGCCAACCUGGCCCUGCGCAGGAAGCUCCACCGGCACGGCUGCUCCCACCGGCGCUGCAUGCCGCUCCACUCCAGGGUGCCCUUCCCCUGA